UUAACAUAGCACAGAAACGAGUAACCGAAAGUGUAUCAAGUAAAUAAACAAACUUGAUUAUUUCAAUGGGAAAAUGAAUAUACCCAUUAGAUCUCCAACAAUAUUAAAACAUUUAUUGUUAUAAAAAUAUUUAUAUUUUCGAUAAAGUUGUUAUAUUUUUUCCUAUGUAAACAUUUAUCGUUAUCUUCCUACGUUUGGGACUUUUAAUGUUCUGCGGCUGUUUUCAUGAUACGACCAAAGAUCCUGUUUUGUACAACUUGCAAAGUCUUUGGACAUUCUAAGAAGUGAUGUUUGGGCGGCUCCGAUGUCGGUAUUUCUUUCUAUCCAGGCGCUACCUAUUUGUAACUGCAUUUGUAGUUGUGAUUUUUCUUUUGUAUCAGUUCAUGUCAGUGAAGCAAUUGAGUUAUGAACUUUCUAAGAGAAAACCCAGGCUUCAAAAAAAUUUUAGAAGUUAUGAAAAAGCAGAAGCUCCCAUCCAGAGAGAAAUAAUCCCCAUUGAAGAAAAACAGACUGCUGCAAUUCAAGCUAAAAGAGUAAAAUUUGUGCGAGGUGUUUUGCCAGAAAAACAGAAAUUCUAUCAGCCUUCCAAUAAGAAUACUUUUGUGUGCUUAAAUAGCAGAGAGGAAAUCAGUUUCUCUUUUGUGAACGAUAACUUUUGUGACUGCUCAGAUUUUAGUGAUGAGCCUAGUACAUCAGCAUGUAACUAUGGAAGAUUUUAUUGCAAUCACCAAUCCAAUCGUCUGUCAUCUGUAGUAUCUUAUAAAGUAAACGAUGGAGUGUGUGAUUGUUGUGAUGGCAGUGACGAAUGGGAGCAGAAUUUCAUUCCUCCACACGUGACUCUGCAAAGAAGUCAUCAAAAGGGAUUGUUCCAAGCACCUUGUCCCGAUCAUUGCUUAUCUUAAAGUUUUUUAAUGGAUUGCAAUGUUUUUUGUUCCUUGUUACUAUAAAUAUUAUCUGUUUUGUUAA